AUGCUGGAUAUAUGCAACCUUAUGGAGCUGGAGGCUCAUGGGCCUUUACACACCUGGAGUAAUAGGAGAGUAGGGAGUGCUAAUAUAAAGAUUAAGCUCGAUCAUGCCUUCUCUAAUCAAGAAUGGAGGAAGUUUUUCAUUGAUGUUGUAGUAAUAGUGCGCCCUUUAAUUGAGUCAGAUCAUCUACCAAUUUUAGUGGAAACGACGGGGGGUAAACCAACCGGGAAGCGCCCUUUCUGGUUCGAAAGAAGCAUUCAAGAAUAUCCACGUGAAAUUGAGAAGUGCCUUAGAGAAUUGGAGAUCUUGCAGGAUUGCCCACCAUCCACUUCAAAUCAAGCCCAAAUGAAGGAGAUUGAGGACCUACUCAAAGUAGAAUAUCAGAGGGAGGAAAUGCACUGGCAUCAGAAGUCAAGGAUACAUUGGCUAACCAGUGGAGAUCGCAACACGAGAUUCUUCCAUGCUUCCACUCUCCAAAGGCGGCAUAGAAACAAGAUCCUUAAGCUCAGAACUUUGACUGGGAAGUGGACAGAAUCAGAAAGGGAAGUAAUUACUGAAAUCAGCAACCAUUAUAAGGAUAUUUUCACAUCGAAGCAAAUUGAUAAUGAAGUUCUGCAGAUGGUGCUGCUGACUAUAAGCCCAUUAGUGGACAACGCAACAAAUGAGAUGCUUUGUAGAAUCGCAGACAAUGAUGAGAUUAAGCAAACAGUGUUUGCCAUGGCAUCUCUCAAAUCUCUGUGGCCAGACGGGCUCCCUCCAACGUUCUUCUAG